CGUUGGACGGAUUGAAACGUCAGAGAGUAAUUUCUUUAGAAGCACAUAAAUCGUAAUAUUAUUCGAUUGUUUGUGUUUAUAACUGCAAUUCUCAAAAAAUUUAACAUUGAUAACGUCUUUUUCAUGUGUACAAUUUUGAGUGAAUCCCAAAUCAAGAAUAAAUUACACAAAAAUCACAACUGAAUAUUUCUAGUAUUUCUACCGUUUUUUAUUAAUCGAUGCAUAGCAGUGGAUAAGGAGACACAAUUUUUUUUAAUUUCAUUCACCAGAAGGUUAUCAAACGUGAUUCUUUGGUUUGGCCAUAAAUUUUGGUGUUAAUUUUUUUUUGAUAUUCAGUUCCGUGCGUGAUUGCAAAAAUAAUUAAUUAAAAGUGCAUUUUUAAGUGAUUUUCGAUUUUAUUUCGAUUCAGAUUCUCCGUUUCGUUUCAUAGUUUAGUUUCUUGCCAAUUAUAAACAAAAACAACACAAAAAACAUCGAAAAGAAAUGAAGACAGAUUAUGGUCGAAAUGUUGUGUAGUAUAGUUUUUCCAUCCAUGCACGAGUAUGUUUACGUUGGCUCAUUGUUGUUAGCAACCGUGUGUAUUUCACCAUUUAUAUAGAAGGUAAAUUCUAGCGCAAAAAGGCGGAGUGACCUGUUUAUAUGUUGAACUGUGAAGAAAAUAAAAAAUUCGUAAUCAACUGCAAAUAAUUUCUUAUGUGUCGCGACCAGCCAGUCAAAAAAUUUAUAAAAUAAAUUGUGCAAAUUAAUAUUAAUAAUAUAUCUCGUCAGUGUGAUUUCCAUACGAUAUUCAAAUGUAAUUUGUGUGUACUCAGAAAAAAAAUUUUUUUUCGUUUAAAUCAAAAAGUCAGUCAUACUAUGGCCCGACAAGUGACACUCGUAAACGCAAUGCAAACACGGUAUUGUGGCCAAUGAAAUUGAAAUUGAAUUUUAUCGGGUCUUCACUUCACUCGGUUUCAAUAUGGAAAUAUGACGACGCUACCAGUAGCUAUAUAUACUGCAAAAUAAAUAAUAAAUCAAAACGGUUGGAAUAAAAUUUAAUGCAGCAGCAACAUAAUAUUAUGGAGCUCCACAUUCAUCCUGCGACGAUCAUACCCGUUCAACCCAACGACACUUCUUAAUUAACAAUGGAACUAUGUUUGAAAUAGAUAGCGAAACAUUUACUAAAAUUAAUAUUUCAAUGAACUGUUUAAUAUGCUGGAGGUGCUUAAAAUAGUAAUCCACAAUCUUGAAUUGUUUUAUUGAAGAAACUUAAUUCAACCGUGUGUACAUAAAGUGUUCCGUUUUUUUUUUUUUUUGAAAAGCGUGCGGAAAAUAUUGGAAAAAUAUUAUGUCGGAGUCACAACGAGAAUCAAUGAGCUUCACCACAAUGCCUCCCGGCGUACUGGCAAACAGUCGUCAUGUGUCGGAAGAAGACAUUCAAAUAGCACUGGCUCCUUACAUCCAAACAUAUUUAUCGCAAACCGGACGGAGACAUUCAUGUUGCAGUGUUAUGCUACCUGUGGCAUUUGAACGGGCUGCCUCAAAGUCAUGGUUGGAUCCAUGUUUCGAUUCGGCUGUGUUGGAGGGACAGUAUCAAGCUAGCGUUUUUCCGCAAAUUCGGUUAAGAUUUCGAUUUGCACUACUGUACAUUCUCCUAUGUUCGCUCGUUUGGAUGAUAUACUUUUUGACCGAAAGUGGACCAGACCAUCACAGAUAUCCCAUAGCCGGUUCAAUUGGCCUAUUAACUGUAUUAACUGGUGUCUUAUUGUGGUUAACAUACUCAACAUUUUAUCGAGCACAUCCAACGGCUGUAUCGGCAUGUACGGCCGUUGCGUUAUGUGUUACAUCUUUAUGCUUCCUAACGCUGACAUCAGACGCAUUCAGUCCGUUAGGACAUUUUGCCAUUUGUGUGGAAAUAGUUUUAUUAAUCUACACGGUGAUUCCGUUGCAUCUGUGGCAGAAUAUUGGUAUAGCUGCAACGUAUUCCAUAGCGUUUGAGAUUCUGACCCAUUUGCUGGGUAACAACUACUAUUUCAGUACGAAACCAGUGGGAUUUUGCUACAAGAUUUUGGUGGUGAGAAUUUUACUUCAAGUCAGCGUUCAUCUAGUCGGUGUACACGUUCUGGUCAUGAAUGUCGUUCGUAUGCGUGGCACAUUCAUGAAAGUUGGACAAAAUUUGCUUGUUCGCAGGCAGCUGGAGAUGGAGAAACAGCUGAAGGAGAAAAUGAUACAUUCCGUGAUGCCGCCGAAAGUAGCGGACAUGUUGUUGAAAGAAGUGGGCCUUGAUCCAGAUAGCCGAGUGGCUCAUGCGCACCGUGAACGACGAUACCGCACAUCGAAUGAUGUCAAAUCACUUUUUCGACCAUUUCACAUGCAUAGCAUGGACAAUGUGAGCAUUUUAUUCGCCGAUAUUGUUGGCUUUACCAAAAUGUCGUCCACCAAAACAGCUGAGCAGCUUGUCGAGAUUUUGAACGAUUUGUUUGAACGAUUCGAUGACCUUUGUAUGACGAGCGGAUGUGAAAAGAUUUCGACGUUAGGCGACUGCUACUACUGUGUAUCUGGUUGUCCAGAGCCCAGGCCUGACCAUGCAAUCUGUUGUGUCGAAAUGGGACUCGACAUGAUCGCUGCGAUGAGACUCUUUGAUGCUCAACGCCAUGAAGGAGUGAAAAUGCGAGUAGGUGUACAUACAGGAACGGUGCUAUGUGGUAUUGUGGGAACGCGACGUGUUAAAUUUGAUGUUUGGAGUAAUGAUGUCACUUUGGCCAAUAGAAUGGAAUCUACCGGGAAGCCGGAACAGGUGCACAUAUCCGAACAAACAUGCAGCUUUUUGGGUGAUAACUAUUUGUUAGAUGAAGGAGAGGAUGUUGAAGGACAUCGUACAUAUUUCGUUGUUGGCCGCCGUAAGGAUUGCCAGAAUUCACCAAACACAUAUUCCGACCGUAAUUUCCAUUUAUCUGCACCACCGGCCUAUAACGGUUACAUAAAUGGCGUUCAGCUAUCUCAAAGUGCCACAAAUAUUUCCGCAAUACAUCCAACCGUUCCGCCAGCGUCUCCAGUAGGUGUUGGACAAACAUCAGCAUCAUUGAACCCAUCACCAAUUUUAUCGAUUCGACCGCGAUUGGCAUCGUUCAAUCGGGUGACCAAGUAUUUGAUCUCGUCAGGAAAUGGAAAUGUAAAAGAGAAAACGUCCACCGACUAUCCAAAGAUUGUUAUAUCGUCGAGAUCGUUGCCAGACAGUCUGAAUUCGGAUCAUGAAGACGAUGGUUGUUGUCGAGGCGUUGGAUCCAAAUGCGAUCAAGGCGAAACACAACCACAAAAAUACUCAAGUAAGUUCAAACAUUGGAAGGUUCCGAAAUUUCUACGUAAAAUGGAUGGAACUACCAUGACGGAAGUAUUAAAGAAGCCAGACCUAAUUGUUAAGAAAUCGGAUGACAUUCCCUGUGUAGAACAAAAUGGCUACCAAGCGUUACCUAUAGUCAUAGAGAGUCCUUGCCCCAAUUUGAACACAUUAGACGUUCCACAUAGGAUCACGCAUUGUCCAUUAGCAACGAGUCGUUCACCGGAUGGCUGUUCCCCAGCCGCACAUUCCAUGUUUGACGACAUCAUUGAUGUCAGAUCGUACAUUUCACAAUCACGCAGCGAUAUAUCGCCGUUUGGUCGUUCAGCCAGCUAUCGAUCACAAUGCGGUCGAUCGCCCCAGUCUGACGUGUCGCCAAUGGUGCGUCCGAGAGCGUUAACCGUCGUUGAUACACUGCAUGAGGGCACGUCGAAAAAGCGACAUUCGAUUAGUCCAUGGGCUGGUGACGGUUUAAGCUUAUGUCCGUCAGCAACUAGUCGAAAAGAUUCGGGUAUCCGAAGUAACAGUCGCCGAUCCAGCAUUCAACAACAAAUUUAUGCGAUGAAUCAGGGAGCCAUAUCGACUCAGCGUGUUUCCGGUUAUUUUACAAGUUCACAGUCUAGUCUGUCUGAUCUACCGGAACCAAUUACAACACCACCCGAACCGAAUCCCGAUCCGUUGGGUGCUUGCCUUCAACAACUUCGCAAGCAAUCCGAUCUGCAAUUGAUCCGAUGUGUACGCGAUAAUGCCAAAUCACAGAGAAGCUAUCUAGUCAAACCGCCGUUGACGAGUGUUUCGUUGUUCUUCAAGUCUCGUCAAAUGGAACGAGAAUUCCGUAGCAAUGCUCACCGAUUCGGUUGCGAAGUGCAACAUGAAGGACCACCAACAUUCGCCACACCGAAGUAUAAUACCUACAUAGACAUAUUCGUCGGAAUUAUCGUCUAUUUCGCCAUAUCUGCAUCAUUGUUUCUACUGUCCAUCACCGAUUUUAACACACCAUUCCGAAUCUGGGUGUCGGUUUUCGCUGCAUUCAGUGCUAUUCAGUUUUUCGCCAUGUUUCUGUUCACCAAACAGAUAUGCCGUUUGAAUUCGCCCAAGCAAAAUUCAUGUGAGGACACCUUAUUCGAAGCCUGCUCGAAUUGGUAUCCAUGGCACAUCUGUCUGGGCGUAUUGAUGAUGCUGCCGAUCGUAUUGAUCAUCGUCAAUUUCUCGCUGCAAGACUUCAGUAAUUUGGCCGCGUUCGAAUACCAUUACGGCUUCCUCAUAUUCGUGUGCAUCAUUCAUUUCUGCAAUUUCACCCAACUGAACUGCUGGAUGCGUAACACACUGGCCAUUUUGGCGGCAAUCUCCUUCGUUGGCAUUGCAUUGGGUCAACUCGGCGCCAUCACUACGUUCAAGCGCAUCAAUGAAACGAUUUCCUUUAACAGCUCACAGUUUAUGCCCGCCAACACGACUAACUUGAUGAACGCUCUGGUCACUAAUCUGCUUGAUUCGAACAUGAGCGGUGAAAUGGUGGUCAUCGACGACGACAGUUUCAACACAACGAUGAAACCGAACGUUGGAAAUUCGCGAACGAACAAAUUGAAUUGGUUCAAUGAGUACCACGUCGAAAUUUAUCUGGACCUAAUGCUGGUGCUGAUACUCGUGUGGUUCUUGAAUCGAGAAUUCGAGAUCGGAUAUCGGCUGACUUUUUAUGGCAGUGCCGUUGCGAAUCAAGACAAAAUUCGCGUACAAAAUAUGAAAAAUCAAGCAGACAUGCUGCUGCACAAUAUUAUACCGAAACAUGUGGCCGAGCAGUUGAAGAACACCGCCAAAUAUUCGGAAAAUCAUCAAAAUGUGGCCAUCAUCUUUGCGAGCAUUGUAAACUUUAACGAACUGUACGACGAGUCGUAUUUGGGCGGAAAGGAAUAUUUACGGGUGUUGAAUGAACUGAUCGGCGAUUUCGACGAACUGUUAAGUCGACACGAAUUUCGGUGCGUGGAAAAAAUCAAAACCAUUGGCAGCUCGUUUAUGGCCGCUUCGGGCCUGGAUCCGUCAUCGCGCAGUGACAACAACGAUCAUAUAAUAGCGUUGAUGAAUUUCUCCCUGGCUAUGCAACAGGUGAUCAAUGCGUUCAACAAGGACCUCUUGGAAUUCAAUCUAAUACUUCGCAUCGGUUUCAAUGUCGGUGACGUUACGGCGGGUGUCAUUGGGACCAGUAAAUUGCACUACGAUAUCUGGGGCGAUUCAGUAAACGUUGCUAGUCGUAUGGAUUCAACCGGCGUUGCUGGGAAAAUUCAGGUCGGAAAAUUCUGUUUGCCAUUUUUAGAGCCAAGAUUUGAGUUCGAGGCCAGAGGAAGUGUUUAUGUGAAGGGAAAAGAUAAUAUGGAAGUGUUUUUGGUCAAAGGUCUUCGACCAGACUUUGACAACUUGGAUAAUUUAGAUCCUGACGCUGACACACUAAUGAUUUAGUGUCAAGUCUUUGGUGAUAUUAAUAAUUAAGAAUGAAACCAGUCGUCUCGCUUAUACCUCGGUUAAUUAUAGAUACGAAAAAAAUAGGUUGGACGUUGCGAAGUGUCACAUUCGGAAGAGAAGAUACGAGUCCAAUUUGCGUCAGGGAUGUUUAAAUGUAAGCGAAGCGUAGACAAAAUCUUACAAAUGUUUUUUUUAUUAAUGGGAAAACUGGAGGAGUUUUACAGAUCCAGGCAACGAUUUCGUUCCACUUAUUACAGCACUCAUAACAUCCUCUUGAAUUCUUGCGCUUCGAGCAUCAUUUGUAAGGUCUUGUGAACGAUAUUAGCUCGAUGAAUUCCAAAUUAGUCAAUAUCUCGGCAUAUCUUUACUAUCCGGAUGUAAGGCAGCUCUUUAACAUGUAACUAAACGACAACGCAUCACAUAUGAGUGCAGCUUAUUAUUUUACAAUCAAAUCGUAAAUCCUUUAUAUCAAGAAAUUAGACGAAGAAGCUACGCUUGAUUUGUAUGUCUUGUAAGCCAAUAAAGUAUCGAUGGAUGGUCUUGUGAUUCCAAUGAUUGUUUGCUUGAAAGGGUUUCGAAAACGAAACGAAAAGCGACAGACGAACGCAAAAUGCGCAUUGUUAAAAGCAAAUUUGUUUUUAGAACUAAUAAAUGUUGCUAAUUUUUCGGUAAGUAAAGUGACAUCCAAUCACCUCCUCUUAACUGUAGAGCUUUUCACAUUCAGAAAUCACAUAUCGACAAACGAUUUUGUUCUACAAUUUCAUUUAUAAAUCAAGUAUCGGUUCUGCCAUCAGAGAAAUCACAGUCAUCAAGUCAUUAUGAAUGUUUGUUAUACAUUGUGUUCCACGCAGAAAUAAUGGAAUGAUAAAUAAAUGGUUUAUUAAAAAAAAAGUCAUCCGAUAAAUGUGUCUGAGGAUGAGCUUUAAAAAAAAUGGAAAAGAUUUUUUAGUACAAAUCGAAAAAUGUCCAAAAUAAAAGGUUUCCAAUUCGAGUAGCGAAGUAGCAAGCAAAAAAAA